CCCUCUAUUGCUAUCAUGGUUCCCGACAUGGUAGUGCGGGAAGAAAGAUUUGAACGGAAAAAGAGUUGAAAUUUCGUGUCUGGACGCCGCGUGAAGUGCGUGAAACCCUAACAGAGAUGAGUGUCGACGCUUACGGCCCCAGUUCUCAGAGUCUGACCUUCUAUGACACUGAGGAGCCUGACCUUCUGGGGGCUGACACGCAGGGGUCUGAGUAUGAGUUCAACUUGACCCUCGGCAGCCAGACCCAGACCCAGGGUGACCCGCUAGACAAGACCCAGCCCUCCCACAGCCAGGUUACUGUCAAUGGAGAUGUAGAAGCAGAGGUGGAAAAAGUGACAGAGACCCUUGGAGAACUGCAAUUUGAAGAGGAGGAAGAUGAAAAUGCCUUCUAUACCAAGGAGCUCCCUGAGUGGGCCUGCCGGUACUGUGGCAUCCAUGACCCGGCCUCGGCUGUCAUGUGCAAUGUGUGCCACAAGUGGUUCUGCAAUGGCCGCGGCAACACCUCCGGCUCUCACAUCAUCAACCACCUGGUGCGCGCCAAGCACAAGGAGGUGAGUCUUCACAAGGAUGGCCUGGUGCGGGACACUGUGCUGGAGUGCUAUGCUUGUGCUGUCAAAAAUGUCUUUGUGCUGGGCUUCAUCCCUGCCAAGGCUGAGUCUGUGGUGGUGCUGCUGUGCCGCCAGCCAUGUGCUGCCCAAAGCUCUCUUAGGGACAUGAAUUGGGAUCCCGAGCAGUGGAAACCUCUGAUCAACGACCGUGCACUGCUGCCUUGGCUGGUGCGUGUCCCCUCCGAGGCUGAGCAGUUGCGUGCCCGCCAGAUAACAGCACAGCAAAUCAACAAGCUAGAGGAAUUGUGGAAGGAGAAUGCCUCAGCCACCUUUGAUGACCUGGAGAGGCCUGGUGUGGAUGAGGAGCCCCAGCAAGUGUGUCUCAGGUACGAGGAUGGUUUCCAGUACCAAAACAUCUUUGGUCCGCUGGUGAAGUUGGAAGCAGAUUAUGACAAGAAGCUGAAGGAAUCCCAGACUCAAGACAAGAUAGAAGUGCGCUGGGAUAUUGGCCUCAACAAGAAGAUCUGUGCUUACUUCACUCUUGCCAAAACUGAUGGAGAUAUGCGGCUGAUGCAUGGGGAUGAGCUGCGGCUGAGGUACCUGGGAGACCUGCAUAAACCCUGGUCUGGGGUGGGGCAUGUCAUCAAGAUCCCUGACAACUUUGGGGAGGAGGUGGGCAUAGAGCUGAAAUCCAAUGUUGGAGUGCCCACAGACUGCCGGGACAAGUUCGUGGUUGACUUUGUGUGGAAGUCAACCAGCUUUGAUAGGAUGCAGGCUGCCCUACGCAAGUUUGCUGUUGAUGACUCCUCUGUAUCACCUUACAUAUACCAUCGUUUGCUGGGUCAUGUGGAGAUCGAUGAACUCAUCUUCCGUCAUAUUCACCUUCCCAAGCAGCUGUCUGCUCCCAAUCUGCCAACCCUCAAUAAUUCCCAGCAAUAUGCCCUGAAGCAUGCCUUGCAGCGACCUCUGUCUCUCAUCCAAGGUCCCCCAGGCACAGGCAAGACGGUGACCUCAGCCACCAUUGUAUACCAGCUGGUGAAGCAGACAGGUGGCUCUGUACUGGUGUGUGCCCCUUCCAAUACUGCUGUCGAUCAACUCACAGAGAAAAUCCACAAGACUGGCCUGAAGGUGGUGCGGCUGUGUGCCAAGUCUCGUGAAGCCAUUGACUCUCCUGUCUCCUUCCUUGCUCUUCAUAAUCAGAUCCGUAAUCUAGAGGAUAAUGGUGAGCUUCAAAAGUUGCAGCAGCUAAAGGAGGAAACUGGUGAGCUCUCAUCUGCUGAUGAGAAACGCUAUCGUAUGCUCAAGAAACAGGCUGAGAAGACCCUGUUGGAGGCUGCUGAUGUCAUCUGCUGCACAUGUGUAGGUGCUGGAGAUCCCAGGUUGGCCCGCCUUAAAUUCCACUCCAUCCUCAUUGAUGAAUCUAUGCAGGCCACCGAACCAGAGUGCAUGGUGCCAGUGGUGUUGGGUGCCAAGCAAGUAAUUCUGGUAGGAGACCACUGCCAGCUAGGGCCAGUGGUGAUGUGCAAGAAGGCCUCUCGUGCAGGGCUUUCACAGUCCCUAUUCGAGCGUCUGGUUGUUCUGGGCAUUCGACCUUUCCGUCUUACUGUCCAGUAUCGUAUGCAUCCUCAGCUGGCACAAUUCCCUUCAAACUUCUUUUAUGAAGGUUCCCUUCAGAAUGGUGUGGCUGAUGCUGAUCGCACCAUGAAGGGUGUUAGCUUCCCCUGGCCCCAAGCAGACAAGCCACAGUUCUUCUAUGUCACAUCUGGCCAAGAGGAGAUUGCUGGUUCAGGAACAUCCUACCUGAAUCGCACUGAAGCUUCCAGUGUGGAGAAGUUGGUUACUCGCUUCCUCAACUCGGGGGUGAAACCAGAGCAGAUUGGAGUUAUCACCCCAUAUGAGGGCCAGAGGGCUUACCUGGUCCAGUACAUGCAGUACCAGGGACCUCUCAACCAGAAGCUGUACCAACGUCUGGAGGUAGCCAGUGUGGAUGCAUUCCAGGGCCGUGAGAAAGAUCUCAUCAUUAUGUCUUGUGUGCGAUCUAAUGAACAUCAGGGCAUCGGCUUCCUCUCUGACCCUCGUCGUCUCAAUGUGGCGCUGACCCGAGCUCGUUAUGGCAUCAUCAUUGUUGGCAAUCCUAAAGUGCUUUCCAAGCAAGGACUAUGGAACCAUUUGCUGCAUCACUUCAAGGAGAAGAAGGUGUUGGUUGAAGGACCCCUCAACAACCUUAAGGAGUCUAUGAUGCAGUUCAGCAAGCCCAAGCGUUUGGUUAAUGCUGCCAAUCCAGGCUCUCACUUUAUGACCACUGCUAUGUAUGACGCUCGCGAGGCCAUGGUACCCGGCUCUAUGUAUGAUCGCUCUGGCCCCAUUAAUGGUACAACACCACAACCCUCACCCUACUUCAGAGGUCCACCCUAUGACAUGUAUGGCCGUGCCCAUGACACCCUGGAUUACAUCUCUACUGAGCACUCUCAACCUGGCCUCAGCAACUUACCAGUCCCUGUGGGGAUGUUCAUGAAUAUGGCCCAUGUCCCACCUCGCUUCUACCAACAGCACCAGCAGGCUCUAGCAGCUCGAGGUGGUCGUGUGGGAGGUAUUGGAAUGCGUGGUAACAGGGCUGGCUCGAGGAAACAGACCAAGAACAUGGGUGGGGCAGGUGCUCCACAGCUCUCUCAGCCUUUCAGUCAGGAUCCUUCCAUGCAAAGCUACUCCCAGCCAGGACUCACCCAGGGUCACCUCUCACAGGGCAUGUCUGGUCCUGGCCUAAGUGGGCUGUCUCAGGGAUUGUCUCAGGCCGAGCUAUCCCAAGACUCCUACAUGGUGGAUCAGUUCCAGAGUCAGACCGAUGGCCUUCUCUCUCAAGACUCCACUUACCAGGGCGACCGUGCGUUCUUCACCCCAGCAUCACAAACGCACCACUUCUCACAGCCAUACUGAUGGCCGACCUGAGGACACCCUGGCGCAUGAAGGCGAUGAAGCAGCGCACCAGAGCAGCAAACAGCAGGUGGAGUAAAAGAGGGAGACCCACAGCAGGCACAGCAGCAAGAAAAGCAGCACAGAGAAUAGCAGGGUAGAGCAGUCACCCACCAGGGUUGCCACACUUGGGCCCUCUCAGCAAGAAAGCUGAGGGAGGCAGAUCACUAUUAUGGGAGCACUGUCUUGCAGGCUAGUGGAGUGCCACCUGCACUCUGGAGCUAGGGAGGAGGGUGGCAUUUCCUUCAAAAAUGUUCAAAUUUUGCUCUAAAAUGUCAAUACAGUAGUUGCCUACUGUUUAAAAAAAAAAAAUUCUGAACAAAACUGAAGUAAUCAGGCACUCUUCUGGAGAGAUUAUUGCCAAUGGCUAAGACAAGGGUAGGACACCCAUUCCUAAAGCAAUGAUAUUAGACAGUGUGUGACCCUAAUCUGCCGGCCCAUGGCAGACAGGUGACAGCUGUGCUGACUUGUGUCCUGACCAGCAGUGAGGCUCACUCCCCUCACUCCUCCAUCACCUCCCGGCACUACCAUUGCGUGGGGCUUUGGCGGCUGGAGAGGCGCGGCAUUCACCCAACGUACAUCCAGUUGUUGUCAGAUCCAUCUGUUUCUGUUGCGUAACAUUGUUUUGGGGAAUUAAGAUCUUUUGUUUAUUUUGGGUACUUGGUUUGGUAGGACUGGGUUGUACCAUACCUGCAUCCCAGCACAUUCUUCUGUACUUAAUUUCUUGUUUCUUCUCUAUCACUGAAUGAUUGAUUUAUCUCUGCAUCACAAAAGUUAUCUUUUCCUGUGACAAAAUUCCUUGAGUAUGAGUUUAAUUGCAGCACUUGUAAAAGAUGUGUCUUAGGAGAAGCACUUCUAUUAACCGUUGUUGAGUGGAGAAUAUUGUUGAAGGAUGAGUACAAAUUUUUAACAGCUUGUUUGCUUUCAGGUAUCUAAACUUCUGAGAUUUCUUUUUUAUUUAAUUUUGUUUCACUUGCUCUAUAUUUAACCCAAGCAUUGCAAGUUUUAAGUAUGGCAUUUAUGGUUUUCAUGGAUUGUAAUAACAGUGAUUGAUGAUACAAAGGUGAAAAAAGAGUAAUAUGCAUAGGAUCAGUUUUCAUCAAAGAAAUCUACUUGCCAGAACAUUUUGCGGAUAAGAUAGAAUAUUUACUUUCCAUGUAGAAUGUCAUCACAUUCUUAGUGUUUAUCAAGGAUUUACUUAAAGUGACUGGUUACAGAGUUCUGUUUUGUGUGAUUUGUAACAAUUGGUUGUAUUCUCUGCUGUCUGGCAAAUCAUAUUUAUACCUUCAUGACUCCAGCUCUUGCAUGUCUGAGAACAUUGGCUCUUUCAGUGAAUAUUUCUCACUUUCACUUCUUAUCCUGCAACAGGCAGACUCCUGUGACUGGAAUCAUAGACCUACAUAAUGUUCCAUUGAAGUGGUCUCUGUAGGUGUGAGGCUUGUUCAUAUCAUGGAGUCAGACUUGUAGUAGGAGAACUCUGAACUGUGUUAUUGGGUCAUUUAAGUCUGAUUUUAUUUUUUCCUGAACUGUCGAGGAAACUGAUGAAACAAUAAAAUUUGAUUACUC